AUGAAAGUAUCUUCAGUUUGUGGUACCAUAUUGGUCUACUCGGCCAUCGCUAGUGCUGCAGUUGAAAAUGUACCAACUAAAAAUGAAGCAAGCAAAAAAAUUUUCGGACGUUCGAUAUUAGACUCCAUUGGCUCUUUUAUAUCAGGAGGAAGCUCCUCAGAUUCAUCCGACUCUGAUGAUAGUUCUAAUGCUGAUGCUAAUGCUGCGUCUCAGACCAGCGCCGGUGUGAGUGCUAGUGCCGGCGUGAGUGCAAAUGUUGCCGCAGCUGCUGAUAAUUCUGGUUCACCAUCUAGCACAGGAAUUCCAACAUCAAACUUGGUUUCCAGUUCCAGUUCCAGUUCCAGUUCCAGUUCCAGUUUAACUUCGUCUUCGUCAUCUCCUAGUUUAACAUCAACUGCAACCACAGCAAGAGCUAAUACGAUCACGUCUGCUGCUUCUUCAAACUCAGCUUCCAGUUCAAGUGGAUCUGGACUUAGAUUGAAUGCCUUGCUUGCUGAUGAUUCUAGCUCUUCUCAGAACUCUUCUCUGAGUUCCAGCGAGGAAGAUGAUGAAACCUACUGUGACGAAGAAACCGACUCUGCAAGUGAAACUGCAACCAGCACUCCACUUACAACGUCAGUUGAAACUACCAGUACUGAUCCAACUACAUCACUUAGAGCCACAAAUACUAAUAUUGCAACUUCUGAUUCAGCUGGAAUUAGUGGUGCUUCAUCAUCGAUUAUCGGAGGCUCAUUUCGUGCAAGCUCGUCUGUUAGGUCCAAUGCUUCAUCUUCAUCUUCUGAUGAGUUAGACGAUGAAACUUAUUGUGACGAGGAAACUGAUUCUGCAAGUCAAACAGUUAACCCUACUAUUACAUCUGUCGAUCCAAUUACGACUGAUCCUGCUACCACGAUCGCCGGAGAAUCCGAAAUCCCUCCAGCAUCUGGUCUUUCCAAUAGUUCUCUAUCGGACACUGCUGGUUCAUCGAUUACUAACGUUGUUCUGGUUUCUACUGGAUCUAGCCUAGAUGAUGACGAAACCUACUGUGACGAAGAAACUGAUUCUGAUGGUCAAACCACAGCAAACCCUACUGGAACUAUCACUAAGGACCCAACUGGUACUGCUACUGGAAAACCAACUGCAACCGAUGACGAUGAUGAAACUUACUGUGACGAAGAAACUGAUUCAGCUGGUCAAACUAUAACAAACCCUACUGGAACUGUCACUAAAAAUCCAACUGCCACUAUUACUCAAAAACCAUCUGGUACUGCUACAGGAAUUCCAACUGCAACCGACGGUAAAAAUGAUGAAGAUGACGAAACAUACUGUGAUGAAACUACCGAAUACACUACAGCUUACAGCACUGCUUAUACUACUAUCAUGCAUACCACUACUGUGACAGUAGAUGGUCGUACUAUAACCAGUGAAGUCUCUGAAGUUAAGACGACUGUAUCUCCAGAAAUUAAGGAAGUACCUAGUUCAGGUUCAGAUUCCAGUUCAGGUUCAAACUCAGGUUCAGGUUCGGGUUCGGGUUCGGGUUCAGUUGUUGAAGAUUGUGAUGAUGAUGAUGAAGACGAAGAUGAUGAAGACGUUUCUUCUGGAUCCUCUUCAGGUUCUUCCUCAGGAUCAGGAUCAGGAUCAGGAUCAUCUUCGGGAUCAUCUUCUGGAUCUUCCUCUGGAUCUUCAGGCUCUAAUGUCGGUUCGUCUGGUUCUUCAUCCGGCUCCUCAGGUUCAGGUUCAAACGUUGGUUCAUCUACAUCUGACGAUUGUCAAGAUGACGACGACGAUGAAGAUGAUGAUGAUGACGAAGAUUGCGAUCCAACCUGUGACUGCGAUGAAGAUGACGAUGACGAUGACGAUGAUGAUGAUGAGGAUGAAGACUGUGAUGACAGUGAAGAUUGUGUAGAUUGUGAUGCAGAUGUUUCAAAGAAUGAUGGUAAUGGCGCCACAAGAACUACCGCGGCUGCUGAAUCAUUCGAACCUACUACUAUUGCUGGCGCUUCUACUGCAGUAAAUGCCAAUGUUUCACCUGAUGAUUGUGUUCCAACUACCGUUACACAAUUCGUCACUGUCAACAACAAACGUGCAGAUGAGACCUUUAGUAGCAGAGCUACUUCUACUGCCAGCGCUGAUGUUCAACAAUUCAACAACAGUGGUAACAAGAUGUUCAUCUCAACUAGUAUGAUUGUCUUGGUCACUACAUUUGUUACCAUUGGCUUCAUGUGA